UCAAAAUAUUUGAUAACAUAACCGCAAACGUAAGGAGUUUUAAUUUAAAAAUCAUAUUUCCACUUAGUUUAACGUAAAUGUAUUGGAAAUUGAGUAUUAUAUAACCACAAUGGAAGAUUAUACCGUUUUUUUCUAUUAUAUUUCGGCGUUUUUAGCCUCUGCAGUAAUUUCGGGAUGGUUAAUAUUAAUAUCAAGCACAAAUGCUUAUCCAAACAUAAUAAGAACGAAAAAGGAAAAGUAUUUUAGGAACCCUAUUACAGGAGAAAAUGUAGUUUUCCCCACACUAAAUGAAAACCCAACUUUAGAUUUAAGUGUAAUAGUGCCGGCUUAUAAUGAAGAAGAAAGAUUAUGUCCAAUGUUGGAUGAGUGUAUUGAAUUUUUAGAAGGAAGAUUUAAAUCGACAGCGUUUAAAUAUGAGAUAAUUAUAGUUAAUGAUGGUAGUAAAGAUAAAACAGUGCAGGUAGCCGAAAAAUAUUGCAAAAAAUUAGGUGUUGAUAAAUUUAGAAUUUUGGAUUUGGAGUAUAAUCGGGGAAAAGGUGGAGCUGUUCGUUUGGGUAUACAAUGUGGAAGAGGUUCUUUAUUAUUAUUUGUUGAUGCUGAUGGAGCAACAAAAUUUGCCGAUUUUGAUAAAGUUGAAAAGAAAUUGUUUGAAUUAAUUUCAACAACCAAUUCUAAAGAUAGUGCAGAUAAAUUAGCAAUGUCAAUAGGUUCAAGAUCCCAUUUACAAGAUGAAGCCGUAGCAGAAAGAAGUUUAUUCAGAACAAUUUUGAUGUACGGUUUUCAUUUUUUGGUUUGGUUAUUUGCAGUUCGUACAAUUAAGGAUACACAAUGUGGUUUUAAAUUAUUUACAAGAAAAACGGCGAAAUUGUGUUUUGAAUCAUUACAUGUUGAAAGAUGGGCUUUUGAUGUAGAGUUAUUGUACAUAGCUGAAAAGUUAAAAAUUCCAAUUGCUGAAGUAGCCGUUAAUUGGACUGAAAUUGAUGGGUCUAAAAUAACACCUUUUUGGAGUUGGGUUCAAAUGGGGGUUGAUCUUGGAUUGAUUUGGUUGAGGUAUACAACAACAGCUUGGAAAAUAAAAGCUAAAGAAGAUCUGAAAUGAUUUAUUAGGUAAAGAUUAUAAUUUUUAUCAGAUUAAGCAUUUUAUAACUUAUUUGAUAAGUUGGUAUUUAAAUAAAAUAA